UUCUGCAUAAUUAGAUUGCGCACCUAGCUCUACCAGGUACGGAUAUUGGGUUCAUAGCUAGAGCCCGACAAGACACAAGGCACAAGAUUUGACGGGUUUGAAGCCAUAAGACGGACGGACAAGACUCUUAAGACCAAGGGAUCAGUGCCAAGACAAGUGUAGCAAGACUUGCAAACCAUGGGAAAGAUAACCACCAAUCCCGGGGAGAAGAAGCCUGCAGAGCCGGCGGUCGAGGUGCAGGUAGAGCCGACCGCCCCGCUGCCUCAGAAGGUGACCGCGACCGAGCUCCCCCCACCGAUUACCGUGAUAAAUGCACCCCCACCACGUAGGAACCGCCGGUGCUGCAUCAUCACCCUGACGGUGCUGAUCGUGCUGAUGGUCGGCAUCUCCAUCACUCUGGGCGCCCUGUACAUGAGGAAGCACCACGGCCGCGAUCACGACGAACCCGACCACUGGGAGGGAGAGAAUGACGGCGACUGGGAUGAGCUGAUGGGCGGGGGCGGAGACAAGCCCGGACAUCCCGGUAGCCACAGCGGAGGACACCGUCCCGGCCACGGCAGUGGAGAGCACCGCCCCGGACACGGCAGCGGAGGACACCGCCCCGGCCACGGCAGUGGAGAACACCGCCCGGGCCACGACAGCAGCAGCAGCGAGGAACAUGGUCACGGUGGGCAUCGUCCCCACCGUCCCUGGCCACGCCCUUCUGGAGAGCCACGCCCGUCUGGAGAGCCACGCCCGUCCGAGAAGCCAAGGCCCCGCCCAUCUGAGGUUCCGUACCCACCACCACACUAAAGAGAUCCCGGCCGAAAUAUUAGCCCGUUCACGGUUGAAACGCGCAUGUGCUGUGUGAUGCAUUGUGGGUAAAGGGUUGCAGUUGAACCCUCUGAGAAUUUUACAAAAUACGUCUGCACUUACACAUGUAAUAAACGUGGUUUAGACGAGAAUUGUUUACUCUUUGACCUCUAUCUUUGACCUUUGACCUCACGCAUGCGUAGUUACAACUGUGGACCGGCUUAUGAUUGCUGAAAAGAUGACGGAAACUCUUUUACUUAAAGUGUGACAAGCUAAUCCGGAAUGCGAAGCAUUGACAUAUAUUCUACCAAGAGGAGGUUAUGGAGCCAUCCCAGCAUUCCUUGCGAUACACAUUGCACAACACACGACUAUCAAGAAGAAUAUAGGUCUAAUCAUGUUUACAGAUCAAAUUGUUCCGGUUGCUUCAUUGUCAAAUUUGAGUACAAUAUGACGAGUGUAUGUUUGACAGUAGCCACCUGGGAUGUGCAAUGUGAAGUAUGCGUUGCAAGGAAUGCUGGGACGUGUGCAUAACCUCCUCUGGUAUUUACUAAAGUGCCUUGAUGCAACUAAAUGGGAGCUUAUAAUGAUACGGUCAUCUUGUUUUUUGCUUUAAUACAUGCAUAUAAAAAGUCAUUCAAGGAAAUCUGCAGCGAGAAUUAAUAUUCGUAGAAUUCUAAAUAUUGUGGAAUUCCGAAGGAAUCUUCUAAAGGGAAAAGUUUAGUAAUGGCUUUAUGCCAACACUCGUUGUCUGAUGAUAUGGACAAUUGCUUAUUCGCUUCAAUGCUACAUUUUUAUGGAAAAUCGAUGUUAACAUCAGAAAGCAACAGUGGAGAUUGAUUUGGAGAAAGUUCAAGAUUGUAUCUUGUAAGAAUUGUUUAAUUAAAGCUGAGUUGUAGAUUUUCUUCUCUGUAUAAUGUAAACAUGGAUGUAAAUAUUCAUAUGGUGCCUAUAUCGAGAGGGACUUUAUAUUUGUUAUUAAACUUACUAUCAAAAGAAUAUGCUCUAUACGAUUGGACUGAAAUACAUUGGAUGAGGCAACAAGAAUGGUACGUUGUGCUUUUGUAAUAUUGCUAGUCGAGAAAUAAAAGAUGCUAUAAAGUUUA